GCAGCUGCCGCCGCUCGGCACCGCCCCCGCCUCUCGGGCUCUCCCCGCCGCUGCCGGUGCCGGGGCGGUCCGGGGGCGGUCCGGGGGCCGCGGCUCGGCCGUCGGUCCCGAGCUCGGAGGGCCGGGGAGGACCAUGCACCGCGCUGCCUCCAACCAGCGCUCGGUCUCCUCCUCCUCGGGCUCCUUCCAGCCGCCGCCGCCGCCGCCGCCGCACGCAGCAGACCGGCAGCCCCUCUUCCCGGGGGGCUCCAGCAGCGGCGGCAGCCGGCGGGGCUCGGCGUCCAGCUCGGGCCGCCGCAGCAGCACCGAGGAGGAGGAGGAGGAGGAAGAGGAGGAGGACAGCAUCAGCAUCAGCAAGCCCUUGGUGCCGCCGCCCGCCGCCCCGCCGCCCGCCGCCGCCUCGCCGCUCCCCAGCAGCAGCAGCAGCAGCAGCCACAGCAGCGGAGAAGGGAGCCCGGGCCGCAGCAUGACGGCGGCUGAGCUGUACGGGGCGGCGGCAGGACCCGGCGGGGCGGCGGGCGGGCGGCGCUGGGGCUUCCAGGCGCUGUCCUUGGUGCUGCUGCUGGGGCAGGGCGCGCUGCUGGACCUCUACCUCAUCGCCGUCACCGACCUGUACUGGUGCAGCUGGAUCGCCACCGACCUGGUGCUGGCGGCGGGAUGGGGCAUCUUCUUCUGCCGCAACAGCCGGGCCCGCCGCCGCGAGAGGCCUCCGCCGCCCCCCGGGCCGCCGCCGCCGCACCCGCUGCUGCUGCACGGCCCCCCCGGCGGCCGCGGGGCAGGGGGACGAGCGGCCGGCGCCCCGACCCGCGGCGGCGACUUCGCCUACGCGCACCUCGCCUGGCUCAUCUACUCCAUCGCCUUCACGCCCAAGGCGGCGCUGAUCCUGGGCACGUCCAUCCUGGAGCUGAUCGAGCUGCGCCUGCCGCUGGGCACCACCGGCUUCCGCGUCACCCUGGCGCUCUCCGCCCCGCUGCUGUACUGCCUGCUGCGAGCCAUCGGCACCGAGGGCUGCGGGCAGCUGCUCCUGCCGCCGCAGCCCCCGCCGCAGCACCGCGCCGCCGCCGCCUUCCUCGCCACCUGCCUCGACCUGCUCGACAGCUUCUCCCUGCUGGAGCUGGUGCUGCAGCCCGGGCGGCCGGCGCCGCUGCCCGCCCCGCUGCGCUACCUCCUCAUCGCCGUCUAUUUCCUCUGCCUGGCCUCGCCGGUGCUGUGGCUUUACGAGCUGAGCGCCGCCCGCCCGCCCGGCGCCGCCCGCCUCGCCCUGCACCUGCUGCUGCCCGCGGGGCUGCUGGACGCCCCGCUCCUGGCUCUGCGCUGCCUCCUGCUCCUGCGCUACCAGCAGCCGCUCUCCCUCUUCAUGCUCAAGAACCUCUUCUUCCUGGCUUGCCGAGGGAUGGAGGCGCUGGAGACCUGUGCCUCCUCCGCCCCGCCACCCCGCCGCCCGCCAAGUACGGACCCACCGCCGCCGCCCCCGCCCGCCGCCCCGCUGGCGCAUGGGCUCUCCGAUGUCGACGUGGGUCCCCACGGGUACGUGAACGCCUUGGCGGUCACCGCCCAGGGCUGAGGGUCCCCUCCCCGCCGCCUGCGGCUCCGCUCCCGGCGGUGGCUCCGCGUUGCUGCUCAGGUUCCCGCGCCGCCGUGGCCGAGCAGGGGAAGAAGGGGACUCGGGCUCUUCUCCUCCUCCUCCUUUUCCCCUGGAGAAA